AUGGGUCGUCCAGAGAUUCCAGUGGAGCCAGUACGCAACAACGCGCCGCGUAGCCGCGGCUGGGUCAAGCCACUCGUCGCGGCACUAUGCCUCCUCCCCAUGCUGUACCCUCCUACCCGGAGUAUGGUCGUGGACAGAGCCCAGAGUCUGGUCAUGGACUCUGUGGCGUGGUCGACCCCCAUGGCCGAUCUCAAGAGCAACCCGAACAAACACGCUGGCGAGUGCAAACAGGCUUCGGCCCUCUCGCCGUCAUGGGACGUCUCCUCACUAUUGGAGGGGAAGAAGGACCGCAUCAUAACCUGGCUCAGCAAUGCCGUCAAGAUCCCAACCGAGAUCUUUGAUGAGAUGGGGCCCAUUGGCGAGGAUAAGCGCUGGGACGUGUUCUACGAGUUUGCCGACUACCUCGAGAAAGUCUUUCCCCUUUCGCAUGAGCAGCUCACCCGCACGCGGGUCCAGACCCACGCGCUCGUGUACGAGUGGCCAGGCUCCGACCCAUCGCUCAAGCCCCUUCUCUUCCUGGCCCACCAGGAUGUUGUUCCCGUCCUGGAGGACACACGGCAUCUCUGGACCCACGACCCGUAUGGUGGCGAGUACGACGGUAAAUAUAUCUGGGGCCGCGGCUCAAUGGACGACAAGAGUGGGCUGAUUGGCGCUCUCUCGGCGAUUGAGCUGCUCCUCGAGUCGGGCAAGUUCAACCCCACCCGUACUGUCAUCUUGGCCCUUGGAUGCGACGAGGAGACUGGCGGUGCAUACCACAUGGGCAAAUGGCUCGAGGCCAAGUACGGCAAGGACUCGAUGGCGCUCAUUGUCGAUGAGGGCGGUGGUAUGGGCGAGCUGUUCGGGCAGGUGUUUGCGCUUCCCGCCGUUGCUGAGAAGGGUUACCUUGACGUCGAACUCAAGGUCGAUACUUCUGGCGGCCACUCUUCCGUUCCCCCUCCACACACGGGUAUCGGGUACGCAGCGCUGGCAGUCACCGAGAUCGAGCGCCACCCGCACGUGCCGUAUCUCAACCCCGAGAGCCCGCUCGUGAGCUUCAUCGGGUGCACGGCCAAGUACGCUCCCCUGCCGGACGAGUUCAAACGCCAAGUCAAGAAAUUGACGGACGGCCUGGCAAAGGACAAGGUGGACAAGCAGGCGCUCAAAAAGGUCGAGGCGUUCUGGACCGCAUAUGCUGGCCGCGCGGGCACGGCUGCGAUCACGACGACACAGGCGAUCGAUAUCAUCGCCGGCGGAGCCAAGAUUAACGCCCUCCCCGAAGUCGUGACGGCCUAUAUCAACCACCGUAUUUCCAUCGCAAGUUCCGUCGAGGCCGUCCAGGAGCGGAUUACCGACGUGCUCAAGUCGAUGGCUAGCAAGUUCAAUCUCGACUUUGAGGCGUUUGGUACUGUGAUCCACGCCCAGGAUAAGGCGGCUGGUAAACUCACUCUUGCUGAGGCAUGGAAUAGCUCGCUCGAGCCAGCGCCAGUAUCGCCGUACACUGUUGAAUCACCGGCGUGGCGUCUCCUGUCCGGCACAACCAAGAGCGUAUACGCCACCCGUCCUGAUGUUAUGAGGAAGUACAGCGACGGCAUCCACAUGGCGCCGUUCAUGACUACCGGUAACACGGACACGAAGAGAUACUGGAACCUCACCCGUAACAUCUACCGCUUUGCCUACCUCAUCUUCCAGGGCACGUUUAACAACGCACACACGGUCGACGAGUACAUCGAGGCCGACAUGUUUGUCGAGCAGGUGCGCUGGUUUGCCAACUUUAUCGUCAACGUCGACGAGAGCCGGGAUAUCUAG